CUGAAAAGUUAGAAGUGACCAUUGGUCUCUCCGCCAUCAAUCUGUAUUCAUUUAGACCGCACCUCUCUUUCUUCUUCUACAAACACAAAUCUGAGAGAGUUAUCAGCAAUGGCUUCCACCGCUCUCUCCCAAUCCCUCUCGUCCACCCUAAAUGCUCAAUGUGCAAUCUCCCACAAGAGCAGCAUUGGGAGUACUCCUUCGCUCUCACUAAACCGCUCACUGCCAUUAAAAUCACACCCCUUUUCGAUACGGUUCAAUACAAACCGGAUUAGUUUCAUCUCCAAAUGUGCUCCCACCGACAAUGAACCGGCGGCCGCCAAGUCUGAAACCCCUAUUGAAUUGAGGUACCCAUCAUUCCCGACUGUGGUGGAUAUCAAUCAGAUUAUGGAUAUUUUGCCUCACCGCUAUCCCUUUUUGCUGGUGGAUAGAGUGAUUGAGUACAACCCGGGAGUUUCUGCCGUGGCUAUAAAGAAUGUUACUAUUAACGACCAGUUCUUCAACGGCCAUUUCCCGGGGAGGCCAAUCAUGCCCGGUGUUCUCAUGAUUGAGGCAAUGGCCCAAGUAGGUGGGGUGGUGAUGCUCCAACCUGAAGUAGGAGGGUCCAGAAGCAAUUUCUUUUUUGCGGGGAUUGACAAAGUGAGAUUCCGGAAGCCAGUGGUUGCCGGGGAUACAUUGGUGAUGAGAAUGACGCUUACCAAGCUGCAGAAACGUUUUGGUAUUGCAAAGAUGGAAGGGAAAGCGUACGUGGGCGGUGACGUGGUCUGCGAGGGUGAGUUUUUGAUGGCCACCGGUGGCAGCGAGUAGAGGGUGUCAGUAUCUAAUAGAGGGUGGUGAUUGUAUGAACAUUAUUCAGUAUGCUUGAGUUUAAAAAAAAAAGGAUUGUACCAUGCACAACUUGCUGGAUAACUUGUUGAGAAUUACAUUGAAUUAUAAUAACAAUUAUAUGGAGAAGGUGUGAGGUCGCUACACGGUAUUCAGAGGGGCUUCUUGGUGAGCAAAGUCGUCCCUAACGUACUUGCCAUGAAUUGUAGUGAACUACUACCGAGUUUGCUCACAGAAGUCCCUCUAAAUUGAGUUGCUCUUUUGAGUUAGGCUUACAGGCACUUGGCUAAUAGGCAAUCUGUUGUCCAGUUGAGAUAUCAAUUAUGCUUUUCAUUACAUCCUCUCAGGUAAAGUGAAGUAUUUAUUGUUAGAACAUAGAGGCAUAGAGCUAC